GGUCCUUGAAGAUUUCCAAGUCUAGUUCUCGAGAUGCUUUCAGUGAACAUCGAAUUUGGGAUACCUUGUACAAGACAGGUCGACUGGCUGGACGCACAGACAGACAGAAUCGACCUCCAAUUCUUCAUUAGUGAGUGAACACAAUCGUUGGAGACCACUUUCAGCUAAAUUUAUAAUAUGAAUAAUAUAGAUGUUUCGCCCUGGAUCUAGGGUGAAAAAAUAAGUUCUGAACAAAAAAAUUGAAUUGAAUGAAUUCACCUGACAUGUGAACGUGUCAAAAAUACUAUACGACAAAAUUAAUUUUGAAUGUCUAAUCAAAUUUUGUUGACAAACGCGAAUUGCUAUAACAAAGAAUGGAAGAAGUACUAAAUCCAGCAGAUAUAUUGAAUAAAAGGGAAAUCUUGAACAACAUUCUCAUGAUAGCCGAAUUAGGUAUAGAUUUACAGCAAAGGUGUUCUUCCGGAGAAAAAUAUAUUUCUUAUUUGAAAGCUUCCUUCGACAGAGCCAAUAAAACAGUACACACAUUGAACGAAUUAUCCAAAAAUGCGUUAGAACGAGCUAAGAAACUGGCUACCUUCACACUGCAAGAAACCUGUCCAGAUGAUCCCAUUUAUUCCGAGUACGAGAAAAUUUUAGAGCUUAUCGAUAAACAAUCUACAGAAGCGGAGUCCCCCCCAAAUCUAGAAGCACCAUGGAGCUCUGACAUUCGGAAAAUUCCAGAUAUUAAAAAAACCUUUGACCUCCCAACAACAAGCAGUUUGAGAAGUGUGAAAUCUGAUGUGGAUGAAAAGUACCCUGAAAACUUAUCUAAGGAAUCUUUGAUUGAUUUGAAUAAUGUAGUCAACUUACCUCCUGUUCCUGAAGACAUUUUCACAAGUUUUUCCGGGAAACCUACAAGAUCCGCAAGCCUUUCCUCUUUGAAGAGUAUUAGAAAAGUAAAACUGUUUCUUCAAAAAGCUGAAAGUUCUGAAGAUGACGAUAACAGCUCAGAAAAUGAAGAUCAUGAUUUUUCCAAACUAGUUUAUGGAGAUAACGAAGAAUUAGCGAAAAGUUCAGGAUCCUACAGUCCAUCAAAAAAGUUGCUUUUAGGAAAUAUCAAGGAAGAAGCUCAAGAUUGAGAAUAUAUUAACAAAAACAUUUCAAUGAUAGUUAUUACUUCUGCAUAAUAAAUAAAUGUAAUCAAAACGAAUUAUUAAAACUAAUAUUGUUACAAAAGUUA